AUGUCAUUUGAACUGCUUGCUCCUUUGAAUACCCCCAUGCCGGGGGAUGGCUAUUGCUCUCUUCCAUCAGAUUCAUCUCCGUCUCUUCACGUUGUUCUGUUUCCAUUCAUGUCGAAAGGCCACGCCACCCCACUCCUCCACCUGGCUCGCCUCCUCCUCCACCGCUACAUCCCCGUCACCAUCUUCACCACCCCAGCAAGCCGUCCCUUCAUCUCCAAGUCCCUCUCCGACACCACCACCGCCUCCAUCAUCGACCUCCGUUUCCCGGAAAACAUCGCCGGCGUACCCCCUGGCGUCGAAAGCACAGACAAACUCCCCUCCAUGUCUCUCUUCGUCUCAUUCGCCACCGCCACCAAAAAGAUGAAACCCAGCUUUGAAAAAGCUCAGAAGAACUCAGCCUCCAAUUAUGAUAUCCCACGGCUGGUGUUUAACGUCCUGGGCAACUUCUCCAUGACCUUGUCCCGACUGGUGGUUGUGAAUCGGGUUCAAUCGGAAACUGACUCGGCCGAUGAGUUAUAUAUGGUGACCGACUUCCCAGGGAUGAAGCUUACAGCAAAAGAAUUGGGGCCAGCGUACACAGACCUUGAAGCAGAGGGUCCUUAUUUGAAAUUCGUGUCAGAGAUGGUCAGAACGUCGUCAAAAAGCUUUGGUCUAAUUGUAAACGGCUUCUAUGAGCUUGAGCCGGUGUAUUUUGAUUACUGGAACCACCGGUUUCAACCCAAAGCACGGUGUGUUGGACCACUUUGUCUGGUUGAGCCACCGAGGGUCGAGUCCGAAAACUAUCAUAAACCACCAUUUAUGCUGUGGCUAGACCAAAAGCUAGCUCAUGGAAAAUCAGUUCUUUACGCUGCAUCUGGGUCUCAAGGAGAAUUUUCUUCUGAACAGUUUUGA